AUGAAGUAAAUUUCAAACCAAUCAAGAUGGAAUGUUGUAAGAGAGUUGGAGUUCAAGGUGGCAAACUUCAGCUAGAUUCCUUCGGAAUUGAACUUGAGAUCCCUCCCGGUGCAAUUGACAGCGAAGCGCCGCAGCACAUUUCUCUUCGUGUCCUGACAGAUACUCCUAAUCUUGGCAACAGCAAAGAAGAGAUGUCAGUCUGCUUUGAUGUACAGUGUUUAGCCCCUGAUGACUUAGUCCUUAAGUUACCGGUGACUUACACAUUACCCCACUGUGCUGUGAUUACACGAUACUCAAGUGUGAAGGCAGUCUUGUACACGGGAGAGGGAGAAUACUCACCCGAUGCAGUUGUUAAAGAACGAAUUGUGUUGUCGAGGUUUGGAACACCUAGCUGCACCAUCAAAAAAGAUGUACUCAAACUGAAGAUGAACCACUUUUCAUGGGCGAAGAUUAAGUUGAUGAUCAAGAAUUUCUUCUUCAAAGGAAAGAAGAUGCGCUGUCGGCCAUUUAAAGAAAAGAACCUACCCCUACAGAAGACACCUGUCAUCUUACGUGCACACCUCUAUGAUGCCAUAAAAGGGAAUUGCGAGUUGAUAAAAAGACAAGAAGAGGAACAAGAAUUCGUACCUGCCCAUCCAGAACAAGAGAUCGUAAUUCAGGCAGCAGAAAGUGAUCUCAAAAUGACCUGUUAUGUAAAGGAGACAGUAGUUGGAAGACCUGCUGUAAGAUUAUUAAUUUGUUCAAAAGUUUGUUUUGGUUCUAACUCUGAUACUGAAUUAGUUGGGGAUGUUACGGAGAGCUAAUGACAGUUUGGUGCAAAUUGUUCUAAUAGCACUAUAUUUGGCCGAGAUGUCGACCGUACCAUACCAAUUUGAUUUUUGACGGACACCUUUGGAUUCGACCAAAAAUAAUAAGAUUUCUAUAAUUUCAGGGAAUCCAUUUCUGAUGUCAGUCCAUCAGUUUGAUAUCAGGAAGGCU